AACAUUCAACUGAUGAAAUUAUGCGUACAGAUGUGCAAUGAGGAUAGGGAUUUCCGGUACAUGGCCUUGAAUGACCUUAUGAACGAACUUCAAAAACCUUCGUUUACCCUUGAAAAAUCUGUUGAAAUAAAAGUUGUCCGUGCUGUCUUGAAGCUGAUGGACGAUAAGAAUGGCGAGGUGCAAAAUCUUGCUGUCAAGUGUCUUGGCCCUCUUGUAAAACAGAUCCAGGAAGAGCACAUCAUCGAAAUUGUAAAAUGUCUAUGUGGAUUUGCAGCACAGCGAGAGAAUGAAGAACUCCGCGGCAUUGCCAGUGUGGGCUUAAAGACAGUUGUGCUGGAAGUAAAUUCUGUCAAAGGAGAUACUAUUAGCAAUGUACUCGUCCCCAAGGCACUGGAGAUCUUGCAGGAUUCCAACACAACAUAUGAGAUGGAGAUGGAUGCUUUAGACGUUCUUGCUGAGGUUCUCUCACGUUUUGGUGCCCAGAUCCCAGCCAGUAAACAGGCACAGGUCAAGAGCACACUAUUGCCAUUGCUGGCACACCCUCGUGCUGCGGUCCGGAAGAGAACAAUUCUGGCUGUUGGGCAUUUCGCAGUCCAUGCAAAUGACGCCAUGUUUAAGGAUCUGAUUACUCAUAUCUUGACACAGCUGAAAAAUAAGAGUUCUACAGGAGACAGACUACGCACACUUGUUCAGUGUGCCGGUAUGCUGAGCCGCUAUAGCACUGCCCGUUUAGCUGAUUACCUCCCCGAAUUGGUCUCUAUUAUUGAAGUAUAUACUGCCGAAGCCGAAGAGGAUGAUGAAAUGCGUGAAAUUUGUCUUCAAACCUUGGAAUCAUUCGUUCUCCGCUGUCCUCACAAGAUUUCCCCUUAUACUGACCGUAUUAUUUCCCUCGGGCUUGAAUAUCUUAGAUAUGAUCCUAAUAUUGAUGAAGAUAUGGAAGAAGAUGAAGAAGAGGAUGAAGAGGAAGAAGAAUACGAUGAUAUUAUUGAUUAUUCAGACGAUGAUGAUGAUAUGUCUUGGAAGGUCCGUCGCUCGGCAACCAAGGUGUUGGCAGCUGUUAUUGAGACUCGUUCCGACCUUCUUCAACAGCUCUACAAGAAUGUUGCCCCCGCUCUUAUUAGCCGCUUUAAAGAGAGAGAGGAGUCUGUUCGUUCUGAUAUUUUACAGACAUUCAUUGUACUUUUACGCCAAACCAGUCUGUACGGUGGAGAGAACACAGAAAUAGUCAUAGAUGACGGAAAAGCUCUGCUUAGACAACUGGUGCCUAAGUUAAGCCACGCUCUUGCGCAGCAACUUGGCUCAAAGUCUACACAGACUCGCCAGAUUGGAUUCCACCUUUUGCGAGAGCUUGUUACUGUUCUUCAUGGUGGUUUGGAUCAAGAAGUAGAAAUUUUUGUUCCUGUUAUUGUAUCUUCUCUCAGUAGCUCUGCUUCAGAGCAACAGCAAGUGGCUUUGACAUCUAACCUCAAAAUCGAAGUCCUUGCCUUCUUGCGUCGUUUCCUCCGUAGCCACCCACCAAAUGUUCUUCACCCAUACCUCGAUCGUUUGUGCCCGGCCAUAAUCAACACCUUGUCUGAUAAAUUCUACAAGAUCACAUCUGAGGCCUUUUUGGUGUGCGUUGAACUCAUCAAAGUUAUUCGUCCCAUCCAUCGCACCGAAACAGGCGAGCAUGGUAUUACCCCAAUGAAUGAGGAAUAUAAGCCAUAUCUUUUGCAGAUUCUCGAUGCAACUCUCAAAAUACUCAGUACAAACGACGCCGACCAAGAAGUCAAGGAACGCUCGAUAAUGUGUCUAGGUGCUUUACUGGCACAGGCUGGAGAUGUAUUACAGUCACAGCAGCGUCAGGCAUGGGAUGUCUUAUUGGAUCGUCUGAAGAAUGAAGUGACACGCUUGAUUAGUGUACGCACUCUUGCAAUCGUUUCUCAGAGUCCUGCCGUAGCUGGCGAAGAGCUUGAGCGAUGCGUUCUUGUGGCUGUGGAUGAAAUCGGACUGUUGUUAAGAAAGAGCAACCGUACAAUCCGUAUUGCUAGUCUUGAGUGCCUGAACAUUUUGGUGAAGAGAUUUGGCCAAAGUCUUUCUCCAGAAAGUUGUAAAUCUCUAUUGGUCGAACUGAAACCUUUGGUGUGUGAUAAUGAUCUUCACUUACUCCCAUUGGCUCUCAAAGCCAUUGAGUCUAUUAUCACUGUCAGCGCUAGUUCGGCCGAAAAUAUGAGAGUUUCGAUUCUGCCCUCUCUCCUGCAAUUAAUCCAGUCUCCUCUUCUCCAAGGAUAUGCACUCAACAGUCUUCUUUCACUCUUCACUGCUUUGACUAAGGCUUGUCCUGAUGAGUACCAGAACCUGGUUAAGGGUUUGGUGGAACCUCUAUUGAACGUAAAAACUAGCGGUGUUUCUGCUGGCGGUGUUGCUGCUGUUGCUAAUAAGCAGGCUGCUGCUACUGUGGCCCAAUGUGUUGCUGUAUUGACAGUAAAUACUACUCUAGAAAACCGCCAACUUACUAUUGGAACUUUCCAAAACUACAUUGAAGAUCCUGCCACCAACGACUCUAUAAAAUACCUCAGUCUUUUGACAUUGGGUGAAAUUGGUCGUCGAAUUGAUUUGAGUCACCUGGGUAAUAUUCACGAACAAAUCCUGGCCUUAUUCUCGGUCCAGUCAGAAGAAGUCAAGUUUGCUGCUGCAUUCGCACUAGGUAACAUGAGUGUUGGUAAUAUUAGCCGAUAUUUACCCUUGAUUGUCGAUCAGAUGAAGGCCUACCCAAAGCGCCGCUACUUGUUGUUACAUGCUCUUAAAGAGAUAAUUACUCGUUAUGACCAGCAUGGAAAGAACGCUUCUUUGGGAGAUGCUUCAAAUGAAAUAUGGGAUUUAUUGUUAGAGAGUAGUGAGUCGGAGCAAGAAGAAGGUACUCGUACAGUGGUUGCCGAAUGUCUCGGCAAACUGGCUUUGACAGACCCACGUAAAUUCUUACCCCAGCUCGAGGAGCGUUUGUCGUCGCCUUCAGCUCAUGUGAGAGCUACAGUGGCAACUGCCAUAAAAUAUGCUGUUGUGGAUCCUUCACAGGCCUACGAUGAUUUGUUGAAACCCAUUCUUUCUCAGUUCCUAAUUUUAUUGCAAGAUCCUGAUCUGAAUGUUCGCCGUUUGGCACUCUUGGCAAUUAACUCGGCAGUUCACCGUAAGCCUUAUUUGAUCCGAGACGUUCUUGGCCAGUUGAUCCCAUUGCUGUACGAAGAGACUGUGAUUAAGGAGGAGUUGAUUCACACAGUUGAAAUGGGACCCUUUAAGCACAAGGUGGACGAUGGUCUUGAGAUUAGAAAGGCUGCCUAUGAGUGCAUGUAUACAUUACUCGGUACAUGCUUAGAUAAAAUUGAUGUACAUGGUUUCUUGGAUCGUGUGAGAGCAGGACUUGAAGAUCAGCAUGAGAUUAAGAUGCUAGGAUAUCUUAUGUUGAUUCGCCUUAGUAAAAUCGCAAUAAGAGCCGUGACUCAAAAGCUUGAUGAUCUUGUUUCACCUUUCAAAUCAACUCUUGAUUUCAAAAUGAGAAGUAAUGCUGUAAAGCAGGAGGUGGAAAAGAACCAAGAGUUGGUGAGAGCCACACUUCGUUGCAUUGUCGCGCUUUCUGGAUUGUCU